CUAGGCCCCGCCCCCGCGCGGGGGAUGCCGGGAACCGCCUGCGAUGAACGGGGCCGAGGCGGAGCCGGGCGGUUACAAGCGGCGCUACCGGGCCCUGAAGCGGCGCCUGAAGCUGCUGAUCUACGAGCAGGAGUGUUUCCAGGAGGAGCUGCGCAAGGCCCAGCGGAAGCUGCUGAAAGUGUCGCGGGACAAAAGCUUCCUCCUGGACCGGCUGCUGCACUACGAGAACGUGGAUGAGGAAUCGUCAGACUCAGAGGCCACAGCCUCCUCGGAGAACAGUGAUGGGGAGGGGCCCAAGGGGGCAGAGCCACAGCCACUGAAGAGGAAGCGGAGCCCCCAGCUUGGCGGAGCCUCAUCCCCAUCAUCCUCUGGUCUCUCUCUCCAGGCGACCUCAGGCUUCCCUCUGCAGGGCUCGGGGGCGCCCUCCCCCUACUUAAGCUCACUGGCCUCCCCCCCCUACAGCCCGUUCCCCUCCGAGUACCUGGCGCCGGAGCCCUGCGCCCCCCGCCCUGAACGCGCCCGCCCUGAGCGACGGGCCAAGGGCACCCGCAAGCUAAAGAUGUCCCUGACCCCGGCCACCCAUCCCGACUGCUCAGUGGUGGGGGGUCUCCCCUUCUCUUCACCCCGGGGGGGCCCUCUGGCCCCCCUCUCCUCCAAGCUCCCGCCCCCCACCAUCCUCAGCACUGUGCCCCAGCAAAUGUUCAGCGACGCGGCAGAGGGGAGUGGCGAAGACCCCCUGGAUGGGGAUGAUGAGCUUGUCAUAGAUAUACCGGAAUAGGGGGGGUUGGGGGUGGCACCCGAGAUACACACAGCUCAACACUGUGGUGGGGGCCCCCAAGAGGCCCCCCAGUUUAUUUCACAUCCAUUCCAAUUGUAUUAACAGGCUCCAGACAUGCAAUUUAACCAAUUAAACAAGAUUUUGGUAUAAAAA